AUGUCAGGAGAGAGCCUGCUGAGUCCAGCUCAGACAGAAUUCCACUCAGUGGGGACAGUUGAUCUCUUGUCAGAAUACACCCUGAUGUUACCGGGGGAAACCUUGGAGGACCACAGCAAUACCAGCAAAUUGGGUCCAGGGUGCAAUGAGGAGUCAUGUCCACAGGGGGCGGUAUGGCCCUGCGCUGGCUGUGGAGAGUCCAUCAGAGACCCUGUGGUGCUACGGGUUGGGUCAAACCAGCAGUGGCACACAGGGUGCCUGUGGUGUGACGAGUGCCACUGUCCCCUGGGAGAGAGUGUCAGCUGCUUCCUGAGGGACGGGAGGACCUUGUGUAGGACAGAUUAUGCACGACUAUUUGCAGAGAAGUGUGGAGGCUGCGGGGAGGCAGUACUGUCCUCUGACCUGGUUGUGAGGGCAGGAAGACAGAACUAUCACCCUGACUGUCUGCACUGCUCGCUCUGUGGUGCAUUACUCAUGCCUGGGGAUAGCUUCACCCUGGGACCAGGAGGACCAUGCUGCCAGGCAGAGCACACGAUGCCAGAGCAACAGAUCCAAAAAGCAGACUCACUAAAGAAAAGAAAAGGGUCAGGGAGAAGAGGAGGAGUUUGGGAGAGAAGGUGGUUGGACAGGGGUAGGAGUAGAGGGGUGCGGGUGCGGGUGCGUACCGUCCUCAGUGACACCCAGCUGAAAGCCUUGUGCACCUGCUACUCCCAGACCCCCCGGCCUGACGCAGAGGUCAAGCUCCAGCUGAGUCAGCUGACUGGCCUAAACAAGCGGGUCAUCAGGGUGUGGUUCCAGAACAAACGCUGCAAGGACAAGAAGAGCCACGCCAAAAAAGGAGGCAGACCAGUGUCAGACUUGAACUUUACAGCCCUGCUGUGUACUGCAGCCAGACCGAUGGUGGUCCUCUCUCCUGAGCCCCCUGACUUUGCCCUCCAGAUUUACGUCUAUGAGUCAUCAUGGCAACCACUUGAUGGCCAAAUCAAGCUCUCAGCUGACCAUGAUGAGCUGACCCUCACUCACAUUUCCCAGAGAACGUGUUUUUCAGAAGAACUGGGUUCUCCACCGCAGCAGGGUGAUGAGUACUCCGUCACCAUUCGGACUAUCUAGACAGCCACCAUCCCAACUGAACUGUUACUGUAACUGAGUUAUCAAGACCCUGUGUCUAAUCUGAAGGGGCUUCAAGCAGCUUUAAAUCAUGUAAUUUGUUAUUUAAUGUAUGCUAUAAUUAUUAAACUAGUUCC